AUAGCGCUGUCACGUUUACUAAACUAACCGGGUAUGGUAGUCGGGUAUGAAUGAGGAAGUAAAUUGCCUAAGUACUUCAAAGAACAUAGUAAAUUUUCAGAACAAAUAUACAUUGUAUCGAGUUUCAGCAGUUAUAAGGAAAAACGUUCCACAUAUGCUUUAGUUACCAAGUGAUCAGUGUAAUAAUUCUACAACGGAAAUGGCGUCGUUCUACCCAACAAAGAUUGCGAAGAAAGGCGAAGCGAAGCUGGAUUUAGCCUUUGGGUUGGACUGUACAUCCAGUAUGGACCCUUACAUUUCAGAAGCCAGGGAUAAUAUAGUUCAGAUAGUGAAUGAAAUCGUUCAAAGUGAAAAUUGUGACGUCAGAUUAGCUCUUGUUGAAUACCGUGACCACCCGCCGGCAGACGAAUCUUUCAUUACCAAGGUACACGAUUUCACUGAAUCCGUUGGAACUAUGAAAAAGUGGUUGCGGGAAAGUUAUGCUGCUGGUGGUGGUGAUAUCCCGGAAGCAGUUGCCGAUGCAUUGAAUGACGUUUUAAAUCUCUCCUGGCGUAAAGAAGCGACUAAAAUCUGCGUGUUUAUCACCGAUGCUCCCCCUCACGGUCUUGGAGGGUACCGUGACAAGUUUCCCGAGGGUUGUCCACUUGGACUAGAUCCCAUGGAAAUUUCAAAACAAAUUGCGGCUAAAGGGAUUGCAAUUUAUAUGGCUGGAUGUGAACCGAGCAUAUUGGCUUACAAGGACUUUUACCUAGCAGUAGCACAUAUAACUGGGGGUCAGUAUGUCCCGCUAGAGGAGGCACGGGGUCUUGUUAAAAUCAUCAUAUAUGGAGCCCGUGAAGAAAUGUCGUUGAAAAAGUUUGAAUGUGAAGUAGAAAAGGAAAUAGUUGAGCUCAAAGCGACCAGAAGAGUCAUAAAUGAAGAUGAACUUUCGACAAUACUUCAUAAAAGAUGGGAAACACGUGGCGAAACAACAAAACAACUUACAUUAAACCAACGCGGUUUGGCAACAGCAAAAAGUUCUGCUACUGCCAUGGAUAUAACAAAAAUGGGAUUCGAUGCGGUCAAAACGCUUUACAAAACUACAACGCCUUCCACGAGAAAAGCAAGAGGUGCAGCCGAAAAUCAAACCGACCCUAAAAACCAAAAGGAAGGGGACGAGGAUAUGAAGGCUAAGAUUGCUAUGGCAACCACUGCCCUCGCCGAUCUUCAAACUGUCUCCAAAACUCGGGCACCUAUUAAUGUCGAUCUCAGUGGAAUAACAGGAGCCGUUGAUUCUGGUCCAGCUUUGUCAGAACAGAACAAUCCGCCGACCGCUGUGGAUAGCGUGAAUCCCAUUUCCAUGCGGACGAAGGGAGGGGAGUACCAGUGUAUCGACGGAGGGGUGACCUUAUCUCAAACCAUGAGAUUAGUGCAAAAAUCUAUGAUCAAAAUGACGAAACUCAAUCCAGAUGAACAGUAACGACUGUACUGUAAAAAUGCCUUUUGAAAGUUCUUUAGGAUCUUCAAGAAUUCGAGUGUUUAGUAUCGUUUGCUUCAACGUAAAUCAAAAAUAAAUUUUCCAUGCGAAGUAUACAAAGGUAAAUAAGUAGACAGAGAUUACUUUGUUGUCAGUCCAACAUAACAGUAGCAAUAGAGUUCACAGUAUAAUAAAAAGUGCUAUGUAUGGCAACAGAUAUACUCACAAAUGACAGGUUAGUGUGAAAGUACACUUAUUAUACAUAAACACAGAACAUAACUUAAUAAUCAGUGCUAUUGCUAAAUUCAGAAUAAAACACGAGGUGCAAAACCUCAUUCUUAUAACGUUUCAUGAAUCCAGUAUAGAUACAUUUUGAGAUACUAUAUGAGCCACGCCAUGAGAAAACCAACAUAGUGGGUUUGCGACCAGCAUGGAUCCAGACCAGCCAGCGCAUCCGCGCAGUCUGGUCAGGAUCCAUGCUGUUCGCUAACGGUUUCUCUAAUUGCAAUAGGCUUUGACAGCGAACAGCAUGGAUUCUGACCAGACUGCGCGGAUGCGCAGGUUGGUCUGGAUCCAUGCUGGUCGCAAACCCACUAUGUUGGUUUUCGCAUGGCGCGGCUCAUAUAGAGAUAGUGGAUGUAGUUCAUUUAAUAGGUUGUUUAUCAGCUGAUAUUUUUGUCAUAAUAUUGUAAUGUUUCUGGACUUUGUCCACAGACACAAAUAGUUUCUUUGUAAACAGUAUUGUUGCUUUUCUUUUACGAGUUACAUAUGCAUUCAUAAAGUACUUAUGCAUUUAUAAUUUUACAAUGUGGUUGGGUGUUAAAAAAAAACUUUAUCGUCAUAAAAGUGAAAUUUGUUUAUUUAUUUAUUUAUUCUUUUUAGUUUCAGUUCUAGCUUUAUUGGCAAUUACCAAUACAUUUGCCUUUGGCCAAUUACAAAUACAACCCCCGCCCCCCACAAAAAAAAACACUUAAAGUGAAUAUAUAGAUAUAAUGCUUUUUCAUUAUGCAUACAUCUUUUACUGUUAGACAACACUGUAGCAUAGUAGGCCCUAGGCAUCGGCUCAAGUAUUUGGAUCACUAAGCAUCUAGACAUGAAAUGAUAUUCUGACUCUAUGACAUUUUGAUUUGCAUAAUUUAUACAAUUUGUUAUCCAUUUCUUCAUUAAGAUAUAACUUAACCGUAGACUAUUUGUUUUUAGUAAUUAUUUGAUAAAUGGUGAUAGAGGUAUUGCACGUGGUUGAUAUGUCAUCUUAUAUAUGCUGAUAUUUUAUUAUGUUAUCGCAAUGGUUCCGGACUUUGUUCCCAUACAUACAUCAAACGAAAACUGGUCGUUUUCUUUUCAUUUGGUAAAGAAUACACAGAUACAUUUUUGACUUAGGCAGUUUUAAACUCUUUUUUUGUCUAUCCAUAUAUCCUGUAUACGAAAUUUGUAGUUUUUCUGUAUUUGCAUACAGUUUUCAUUAUCGGAGAAAGUAAACUAAUAUAUAUUA